AUGGAACACCAACGACAGCAUAAGCUGUUUCUAGUUGUUACAAUAGUCUCUUUGCUAUCAUUUAUUAUUCUCUGUCAGAGCCAGUACUUAAAUCUGGAGCUUGCCCUACCUUUCAAAUUUACUACCUCCGUCCAGAAGAACAACAGGUUUAUCCUAUCCUCAAGAGUGAAGACCAGAGCUGAACAUUUGUUAAUGCUGAAGACAUUAAUUCAAAACCGUUUUAUUGGGACUAGAGAGCAGAAACUUCUUUAUGGACUAUGGAUGGGCGAUGCUUUUUCAGACAUGCUAGAUGUAGAGCUGCAGAAUUCCAAAAAGAGUUAUAUUGAGAGCAAUCUUUACAGUGUGAACCUCACAGGGCAACAACAGAAAGAUAGAUCUAAAAGGAAUAUCCUAUGUCAACUGAAGGAAGAGGCACUGCUUAGGACAUUAACAGGGACUGAAAAACCCUUUGACAGUCUGAAAUGGUACAAACAUGUGCCUCGUCAACCCCUGGAACGGCUCCCCAAUGUUCCCUACAACACAUGUGCUGUGGUUUCCUCUGCUGGCUCCAUUCUUAAUUCCUUACUAGGAGAAGAAAUUGAUUCCCACGAUGCAGUGCUUCGCUUUAAUGCAGCUCCGACUGUAGGUUAUGAAAAGGACGUGGGAAGCAAGACCGCCUUCCGCCUUAUUAACUCACAAAUACUGGCUCAGCCAGAGUUUAAUUUCACCCUCAGUCCUCUCUAUAAAAAUGUUACACUGGUGGCGUGGGACCCCGCCCCAUAUUCAGGCAACCUGGAAAAGUGGUAUAAAAAGCCAGACUUUGACCUGUUUGGACCAUACGUUAAACAUAGAAAGCACUUUCCAGCCCAGCCGUUCUACAUCCUGCACCCAGAUUUUCUCUGGAACCUGUGGAAGAUUAUUCAAAGCAACACAGAGGAGAACAUUCAACCCAACCCACCAUCGUCAGGGUUUACAGGUAUCAUACUGAUGAUGAGCCUUUGCCAUCACGUUCACGCCUACGAGUUCAUUCCAUCUCACAGACAUGCAAAUCUGUGCCAUUAUUUUGAAAAAACAAGGAACCUGGGCUGCACAUUUGGACAAUACCACCCACUGCUUUAUGAGAAGCUUUUGAUUAGGAGGAUAACCAAUUCCUCUGUAGAAGAUCUUGCAACAAAGGGCAGGGUCAGCCUGUCAGGGUUUAGCCAGAUCACCUGCUAGGUUAAAACUUCAGACUUACAGCAACAGUUUGGUAAUCUUGGGACACUGGGUCAAGAACAGAUGAGCUAGCAAAUAUCUAUUGAUAGAUAGAUACAUGGAUACAGAGCUAAGGAUAGCAGAUCAGAAUGCUACAUGGUAAAUGAUAUCCAUUUUACUAUUAUUAUUUAACAAUUGCUUUAUUUAUAGAGGGUGGAAGUGGGCUUCUAAGUAGAAUAGUGCUCCUGAAUACAGUGCAAUCAGUUGAGGGUUAAGGGCCUUGCUGAUAAGGAGCCUUAAUCAGCAACCUUCUGAUUAUUAGUCCAGUACCCAAACCACUAUGUUAUUACUGCUCUAUAAGCUAAACCUUUCUGCCGGUCCUUUACUGUCAUAUGGAAAUGUCUAUUCUGAUUCUGUUAUUAUAUAGCAAUUUGCUUUUGCCAGCAUAUGAGCAGUUCUACUUGUUUUCUUGCUUUUCCAAAUUUUGCCCUGACUUUAACAAUUCCCCCUAAAUG